AUGGAGGAAGCCACUCGCCAGUAUGCUAUACUCGGAGAAGGUGCAGUGGCCCUAAAGGUGGAUUCUACGCGACCUCGUAAGUGUCAUCAUUACAGUGGUGAUCAUUACUUCGAGAAGUGUUUUAAGGAGCAUGAUUACCCCGAUUGGUUUGUUGACUACAAAGCUCGUAUUGGUUCUAAUAAUUGGAUAAUUGACACUAGUGCUUCUGAUCAUAUGACUUGUGAUAUUAACAUGUUUGAUGAGUUGUCUCAUAACCCUCAUGAUCCCUAUAUCACUAGUGCUAAUGGUUUACCUUCCCCCAUUACCGUGAGGGAUCUCAGGACUCAUGAGAUAAUUAGGCAUGGUGAACAGAUACGGGGGUUGUAUUACUUGACAUUAUCGGAUGCAACAGUUCAUGAUCGUGUCGCUAAUAAAGUUCAAAAGGGUAGUGUCAAAGACAUGAAGAAUAAACAUGAAGUUGCUUUCAUUCUUCCUACAUUUUGUGUCAUGGUGUCUACUUAG